AUGGGAAGCUACACGUUUCAAUGGCCGUACAAUGCUCACGAGGUGUUUGUUACCGGGACUUUUGACGACUGGGGAAAGACCAUUAAACUGGACCGUAUAGGCGACGAUGUGUUCGAGAAAGAGGUCCACUUCCCUGCGACCAGCGAGAAGGUGCACUACAAGUUUGUCGUUGACGGUAUCUGGACAACUGAUAACCGUGUUCCUGAAGAGGACGACGGUGACAACAACGUGAACAACGUUCUCUAUCCCAACCAAAUCCAAAAAGAACCUCCUGCGGCCUUGGAGAACGAAACAGAAGGCAUGUCUGCUACUAUCUCUAGCGUUGCUCCGGACUCUACAACCGCUGCUCUGGCAGCGGGAGUCCCUAAAGAAUCCGACCAGAGCGCCACACAGAAUGGCAUUUAUACCUCGUCAGCAGCCCCCGGGUCUACCACUGCGGAACUUGGCAAAGAUGUUCCUCUUGAGCAGCGAGCCAAUGUUCCCGCCGAGUAUUCUGUGAAUCCGAUCCCUGCAUCUAGCGGCAUCGGCAACCCAAUUCAUCUGAAACCAGGAGAGAAGGUUCCUGACCCAAGCACCUUCAAUCCAAACACAAUCCAGUCAACGGUCCGGACAGACAAGGGUGGAUAUGCGCAAGAAGCUGAUACUGCCAUACCAGGAGGUGCAGGUGAUGCAGGUGGUGCAUUCGCCGUCCCUCCCGUGUCGCGGAACAUGAUCCCUGAGUCUAGUCUUCCCAUGGGAAGUGAUGCGCCUCAAGGAGUUGCAGAUCCUGGGGUCACUAUUCAGUCUGCCGCACCAACAUCUACUACCGCCGGACUCGCCGCUGCUGUUCCACUCGAAUCCCAGAAGCAGACCAACAACAGUACGUUUGCAGCUGACGUGCCAGAGGUGGUGAGGCACUCGAUUUCAAAGGCUCACAGGGACCCUGAAGCCACUUCCAACAAGGAAGUUGUUGAGGAAAAGAAGGAGGUGGAGCACGAGCUUCAACAAAAGGUUCAUUUGGAUAACUCUGUUGGCGCCCCAGCGCCUACUGCUACUGUUGCUACCGCUACACAGACCUCUCCCAGCGCUAUGGGUGAGGAACCUGGUUCAGCCCAGCUCUCCCCACGAACAACAACCCCUACAGGAACAGCAGGUGCCGGUGCUACAAAGACUCAGGAUACUACGACACCAGCAACCAACACUGGGGCUGCUUCCCAGGUGCCUGAGGCUGCUUCUAAAGGCACCAAGGAGGAGAAGAAGAAAAAGCGAUCGAGCAUUUUCGCCCGAAUCAAGGAGAAGUUCAAAUGA